ACAUCAAAUCAAACCUUAUCAAAAUUAGGUAGGUAGGUAGGUACCUACGUAAUUUGCGAUGCGAUAUGUCAGGAACCUAUGUUUAUUUUAUAUAUUUUUUAAGGUAAUGUUUAUUAAAAAAUGAGUGAUGAUGAAGUAGUGAUCAUCAAUGAUGGUAUAGAAAAUGAUUCGGAUAUAGAAAUCGUUGAUAUUUCUAAAGAAACCAGUACAGAAUUGAAAUCACCCAAGGAUGGGACCAUUAUUAUAGAUGAUGAAAAUGUACAAAAUGAAAAUGAUGUCAUUGAAAUUAUUGACAUAGACCGGGAUGCAAAUGAUAAAUGUGUCAAAGAAUAUUUGAACAAAGUAUGCUCUGAGAACAAAAUGCUUGGAGAAUUUAUUGAAAAGUGCCUGGAUAUAGAAAACACUAGUGGAAUGUUGCGAGUAAUACAUAGGACAUUUUUGCCAUUAUAUUUCAAAUUGGAUGACACAUACAGAGAAAAUGAUUUUAAAAAACUAAUAGAUAUGACAACACGAGCUUUGGAAGUGAAUCCAUUGAGAAAAUUUUCACAUCUUAAGAAUGUGUGUGAGGUAAUGAAAUGCUUUGCCAAAGAUAGGAAGAAAGUCAAUUUUGUAACACUGACAACAGAUAUCAAAGCCAAACCUAGUCCACGAAAGCCUCAGAAACGGAAACACAAAACAUCAGUGAGUAAAAAAAACAACAAAAAAGUGAAAAGAAAAACAAAAGAAGUAAUUGUAGUUGAAGAUGUUGACGAAUCUGCAACUAACACAAGUAUAGAUAAUGAAACACCAGCAAAUAAUAAUUCAAUGGAAACUUCAGACGUUGUAAUUUUAGAUGAAUUAGAACUUCCAAAUAAUAGUAAUAAGGAAAAUAAUAUUUGCAGCAAUAAUAAUGAAAUGUCAACACAGGACUCGAAUUCUGAAGUGAAUACUAGUGAGUUUUUAGUUCCUCAUAAAUCUGAAGAAUACAUAAUGAGGGAAAAGAAGGCUCUAAGGAUUAAAUAUAUUGAAAAACAGAUUGAGUGGUACAAGGCAAAAAUUGAUGUUUUGGAACAACAAGAAGUGGAUUGGGAUUCUUUUAAUUCCCCUUAUGUAGUAUCUGAAGAGUUAAAGUCAAUGAUUGUCAAACUAUACGAGGAGCUAUGCACGCUAACUGGGUGCGAAGCAGUCAAGAAACGAGAAGUCAGAUUUACAGCGGUCGAGGGGCGCCCACAGCUGCCCGUGAAGUUGCUGGAAGAAUUCAUAAAUGAAAACAUUAGCAGUGACGGUCACCCACACUUCCCGGAUUUCACUGAGGUCGUCAAGUGCGUUACUAAAGCUAAUGCGGAUGCUAAAUUGGGGUGGUCGCAACCACAGAUCAUGGCUGAAGCGAGAAAUUUAUUCACAUACUGCGGCCAGGCGUUGCAGGAGAAUCGCAAGAAGCGCGAAUGGCGAUACUUACUCAGUCGAAUCAACUCUCAACUUGAUACUGAUCCUGCUGAGAAUGACCCGAUCCUGAUGCAACGUUUGGAGGUAAACCGACGCAUUGCUGUGAAGAAGGAAGCUGAUCUUUUGGACAAAUAUGUUGAAUUGGAACAGAUUACUAACAGUAACAGCCAAAUUACUCCGUUUAGAGUUGCUCAAGGCGCAUCUGAUGAUGAAGAUAACAACGAAUUAGAAACUCAAACAACUAAUAAAGAAAUCACUACUUUAAAUCAUAAUUUCAACAAUUUGACUAAUUGCAAUAAUGAAACUGGUAACAAACAGUGUAGGCCGGAGAUUAUUACUUCUAAAAGUAUAGUAUAUGGCAAUCAUAGAACUAAUACUGAUGAUAUGCAUGAAACCAAUAUUCUAGACCAGAAAAAUAACGUUGAAUCCAACGAAACGCUUAAUGCCCCAAAAUUUAUAGAAAUAUCUGUGCCUGCCAUUAAUACAGCUGAGAAUGAAAAGAGUGCUGAUGCAGCUGCCUUAGAAAAUAAACAAAAUGACAAAAGAAUGAUAGAAGUUUAUGUUGAAAAUAAUAAACCCCCAGAAGUCAAACUAAUUAAUGUUUCUAGUAUCGAUACUAAUGAAAGUAGUUUACCCCUAGAAACCAAAGAGACCAGAAUUGAAACUGGAAUUAAAGAAUUAGUUCAAAUAGAAGCUGUAUUUGAUUCAGCUGGGAAUGACAAGGUAAUUGAUGAUGACUGUACUAUGAAUACAGGAAAUAUAGUCAUAAAAGAUGUUUAUUCAAUUGAAACUAAACAAGAAGUUACUAGUUUACAGAAUAAUGACUGGGACAAAGAUAAUUCUGAUGUAGCAAAUAGAAUAAUAGAAAAAAAUAUGCAAGAAUAUUCUAAUAAUCAAGGAGAAUAUACUGAAGAAAAUGAAAACAUAAGUGUCAAUAAAGAUAUCGUUCCUGUUACCGUUUUAAAUACUAUUAACUGCGACACAGAGAAAUCGAAUGCCUUCACUACAUUAGAGAAAAAUGUACACAAAGAUUACAACAAUCAUACAAAUCAAGGAAAAUUUGCAGUUGAAACGGCUCAAAAUAAUGAAACUACAUCGUGCGAUCAUGUAAACUCAGAUGUUAAUAACGAUAUACUACAAACUGUUAAAGUGGAAUCUUCAGAUGUCUUAAACCAUAUGCAAAAAUUCGGAGAUUCGUUUUCGGCUACUAUUUUUGAUAUAGAAGAUCCAUUUCUAGUGAUCGAGAUAUCAGAUAGUUCAGAUGAUUCAGAUUGUGAUAUGGAGGUCUUAGAUAUGUAAUAUUUGUGGAAAUUACUCUUAAUUAUUUAACUAAGUUUGUUUUACCUUUAUACGUUAUAAACAAAAAAAAACGGAUAUAUAAAAAAACCCUAUGUAGGCAAAUUAUUUUUCCGUAAAUCACCACCAUGAAACAUAAAACAUGUAGCACAAGUUCUUUUUUUUUUCACGAUGCGUUUGCGAUACGGGAAAGAGCAUCUCGACGUUAGUAACAUGUUAGGUAUUUGUAUGUUUGCUACAUAUCGAGUGGCAAUAAUUGCUUUAUAUUGGAAGUUAUUUUCUGGCAAAAGAAACCUCAUGCUAAGGCUACUGUAUAUGCUUUUACCUGCACGCGACUGGCAACUUUAUUUUCUCAUAAGAUGGGAAUAAAAAUAAUUCGCUUGAGGUGUUCUAUGGCGUAUUCAUCGCACAGUGAUCACAAAAGGUUAUUAGUUUCGUUAUAUACACUAACGUUUUGUGGUGGCACUGGACGUGUCAUGAGCUAAAACGGUUUGUACACGCCGAGUUACACCGCGACUUGUAACACUAUUAAACAUCUAUAGAAAAAAUAGCGUUGUGUAGUAGUUUUACACAUUGCAACUGUCUUCCUCUCAAUGACUUAAGUAAUAUUAUUACUCAAUGGUCACUGUAUUCAAAUUAUAGUGACUCAACGGGAACAAACCGCUAAAACGGCUGUGCUGCAUAAUGGCGCGGAUCGCAUGUGUAAUGCGUAGCAGUGCGCGUUUGUAUGAAGUGUAAUAUGCGUAGACAAUGUAGUACACGCUACCCAGCAGCUACGCAUUACAUAUUCGGUCUAUAGUGUAUUCAAAUUAUAGUGACUCAACGGGAACAAACCGCUAAAACGGCUGUGCUGCAUAAUGGCGCGGAUCGCAUGUGUAAUGCGUAGCAGUGCGCGUUUGUAUGAAGUGUAAUAUGCGUAGACAAUGUAGUACACGCUACCCAGCAGCUACGCAUUACAUAUUCGGUCUAUAGAAUUCGGCGAAAGUUAGUUCUAUCUAGGUCUCUCAGAUCUUGUCGUCGAUUUUUAAUGUAUAGUUUUUAUUACUGUUAAGACUGAAGUUGUUACACUACGUAUUAAAAUGUAUCUUUAUAUUUUUUUCGUUUCAUUCCAGAAACUUCUAUGGGAAGGGGUGGGCAGAAAAAUAAACCAUAAAAUCUACCAAAACAAAAAGUAUCUACGAAAUAUUAAAUCACAAGUCACGAUCCUUUUGUACAGAUUUAAUUCGUCUGACUGUUAAAUACUUAUUACUGCAUGUACAUUUAUUCAUUGGCAAUGUUCUAUUAAAUUCGGUAGGAAUAUUUGCACAUUGACAAUAUUGAGAGCAAAUCUGCAAGAAUGUAGGAUAUUACAAGAAUCCAUAGAUGUUCCAAUCUUACGUAUAUACAGGUUAGUACUAAACCGUUGCAUAUUUUUCUGACAUAUGCCCGAAUAUAAAAAAUAAUUUUAAGUUUCCUAAACAAAUCCGCACAUUUUAAAGUCAAUAAUGUCCCAAUCUCUUGAACCACAAGGUCUCGUACUUUACAACAAAAGCUUCGAUGAUAAUUACACGAGUUAAUUUGCCGAGCUAAUCUUAACCAACACAAACUAAUUUUCCUAAGAAAUGUGCUGAUGUGUUUAUGGUCCUUUGGUACAUAUCAGGUCGUUUUGUGAGCUUCUCAAAAUGAAAAUUUCGACGCGAAUAGUCUACUUCUUAAGGUUGUCAACUUUUGUAUGUUACAAUUGGUAUAAUGCAAAAUCUUCUAAACUUAUAAUUUCACGAUAUAAAAAGAAUUACGGUAAUUAAUUUUUGAGAUGUGGCACCACAAAAAUAAUCUUUUAUUCGAACUUCAAUAAAAUCAAACUGAAUAAAUGAUAUGUUAUGCGAAAUAAUACAUUUAUCUUUUAAUUAAACAAUUCGAAGUAGAAAUUACGAAGUAUUAACAUAAUAUAGGUCUGUAAGGGAACUGUGAUUAAAAUAUUUCGAAAAGUUAUUAAAGAGUGGCCGAUUUCUAAUUAAUAUUUUGAGAAGUUGACAAUAUGAGAUGAUACGCUUCAUUAUAAUAUAGCUCAAUAUGGCUCGUUAUACAAUGGCCGUCGAAGUCAAAGUAAGCGGACAGACCAUGUGUGCAAGAGAAAUCAAUUUCUAAUGAUAAAACUUACGGGUGCACCAACAAUUCUAAGGGUACGAAUAAAAGUUACUUCACAUUUAAUGCGCACGUUAUUCCAUGUCUUGGAUAUUACAAAAGAUUAGCUCCAAGGAAGGAUUACAUCGAUUUGGGUCUCGCGACCGAAAGAAAAGUUUUAAUUUUUUUUUACUAAGUAUUUUAUUUUACACCUCGCGAUGUCUUUACAUUAUACCUUAGGUUUCUUUUUUUU